UGGCGAAUUGGUGGCGAUCUACGACGGUGACGACGACGCAUCUGGCGCGCGCGAUCGUGGCUGCCGGCGCGUCGGUCGUUCCGUGGCGCGGCUCGUGGAAUAAUGCGUGUUAGGCGCGACGACGUUACGACGAGGCGCGUACGUACGAGACGACGACGACGACGGUACGACGACGACGGUACGACGAGUGGGCCAGCGUGCGGCCAGCGACGACGAUUACUACCGUUACUACUACUACCACCACCGCAGCAGCAGCGCAGUUAUGUACGCGUACGGUUCCGAGAUCACGUAGUGUCGGGCGUGUAAUUAUGUUGUCAUCGUCGCGCGGCGCGCCCUGCGUAGCUUCACGGUGAAAAUCUGGCGUGAACGGUUCCGCGGUGGAACGGGGAAUAUGGCGUCGGUCUCGGCCGAGACUCCAGCCAGCCAUGGGCACAGCUUCAGUAAGAAGACGUUUCACAAGCCGACGUACUGCCAUAGCUGCACGGACAUGCUCUGGGGCCUCAUACAGCAGGGGUACAUCUGCGAAGUGUGUAACUUCGUGGUGCACGACCGCUGUCUCAAGGCCGUCGUCUCUCCCUGCUCCAGCAUCGCGGCAAGCCUGAUUAAGAACCCGGUUGCACACUGUUGGUCCGAACAAGUACAUCGCAAAAGGAAAUUCUGCAACGUCUGUCGGAAACGAUUGGAUGAUAAUCUAUCCAUACACUGUGAAUUAUGCGAGUACUUCGUGCACAUAGAAUGCCAAGACUUCGCUGUGGCAGACUGCAAGGAGAAUGCCACAUACCUACCUGGGAAGGAUCUGUCAGCAGUGAAGCACACUCAUCAUUGGCGGGAAGGCAAUCUUCCGAGCAGCUCGAAAUGUGCCGUAUGCAAGAAGAGUUGUUUUACUGCCGAGUGCCUUGCCGGGUUUCGUUGCGAGUGGUGCGGCAUGACGUUGCACGCGUAUUGUUACAAGAAUAUUCCCCAAGAAUGCACCUUUGGUAACUUGGAACCAAUUUACCUGCCGCCACAUGCAGUUAGUAUUCCGCGAUCCGAAGUUCCCAUGGAAGCCAUCAUUGGAGUAGAAGUGCGUCGUAAAGAAGUGCUGGCGCGUGAGUAUUCUUGCCAUAACGUCGGAGAGCAAUUCGAUUUCGCUGAGAGUGAACAAAAUGGGGCUGCAGGCCGCCUAGCCGAAGCUUUGAGGCGCCUUUCGCUAGUUUUGCCACGUAGCUGCCAUGGAAAUUGUCAUGCUUCCCCUCCUUAUGUUCGAGCGCGGAGCAUAUCAGAAGAAUUUGGUAGCGCGGAUUCAAGGUCUCGUGACAAUGGAGAACCGACACAGAGUGCAACGCAUAGCCGUGAUCCGCGUUCUCCUAAAGAGAAAGAAGAUAAAGAUAGAGGUGACGAAGAGAUGAUUAAGGUGUACGAUGGCAACAGUUCCUUGAGGCGAAGAAUAUUUCGGGUAAUUUCGGUACCUAGGCAGGCUACGACAGAGCAGGUUCUCACAUUGGCACUGCGCGCAUUUCACAUCACGAAAGAUCCUAGUAACUUUUACUUAACUGAUCUGUAUGCCGCGGAGGAAACUGAAUUAUGUGACCCAACGCCUGUUUUAAAUUUAAAUCGCAAAGAAGGCAAACGUCCGGCUGUGUUCUUGCGAUUUAAAGAUCAUGACAGCGGAGAGGUACGGGUUUAUCCCGGCAAAUUACAGGUAUCAGAGUCAUUCUGUAUAGUACCUGUCACUGAAACAACAACCGUCACAGACUUAAUAAACGAAGCACUGGAGAAGUUUGGUUUACAAAAUUUUAAUUGUGAUGACUUUAGGUGCAGUGAAAUUCUUUUGGAUCGUGGCGUAACGGAAAAAGUUUUGUCCUAUGAUGCGAGACCCUGGGAUAUCGUCAAAAAGUUGGGAAAAGAUUCUAUUAGACAAAUGGAACUGAUGCGGUUUUAUUUACAAUUAAAGCAAGAUCCCCAUGGACCUAAUUUGGCUUUAUUCGUGGGCAAUCUACCGCAAAAUCUUUCUGAAAGAAGUUAUGAAAACAUGCUAGUAGAAUAUGUAGGAAAAGAAAAUAGGUUCUCAUCGAUCGGUCCAUUUUAUUACGAAUAUGGUUCAGUGGUUAUUAUAUAUGAAGAUUUGGAUGCAGCAAUUAGAGCAUUAUAUACGUUACGAGAGACAAGAUGUGAAGACAAACUUCUUUUAGUAAUGAUCUUACCGAGUAUCGAGCCAAGUAUGGUACCAAGGGGUGUUCAACCUCUGCUCGUGUUUGUAAAUGUAAAAUCUGGUGGUUGUCAAGGACUCCAGCUAAUUUCUAGUUUUCGUAAACUACUAAAUCCUUUUCAAGUGUUCGAUCUUGAUAAUGGCGGACCUCUUCCCGGACUUUACGUUUUUCGUCACAUAAAGGACUACAAGAUAUUAGUUUGUGGUGGCGAUGGAACAAUAGGUUGGGUAUUACAAUGUUUAGAUAAUGUGGGUCAGGAUAGUCAAUGUUCUUCUCCCGCUUGCGCUAUUGUACCUUUGGGAACGGGAAACGAUCUUGCUCGUGUACUAUGUUGGGGUUCAGGCUACACAGGUGAUGAAGAUCCACUAAACUUAUUGCGAGACGUUAUCGACGCGGAAGAAAUAAUAUUAGACAGGUGGACAGUAGUUUUUCAUCCAGAUGAAAAGGAACAAACUCCAGUAGUUUGUAACGCCGCUGCAGCUUCCCAGCAUAUAGCAUCGCGCCAUUUGCAUAUUACAGGAUCUGGUGGUACAACUAGCGAAGACAAUACGCAAAUAUAUGUAAUGAAUAAUUACUUUGGCAUUGGCGUCGAUGCAGAUUUGUGUCUAGACUUUCAUAACGCGAGAGAAGAAAAUCCUAACAAAUUCAAAAGCAGAUUACGAAAUAAAGGCGUGUAUGUGACAAUGGGUUUGCGUAAAAUGGUCAGACGUAAACCGUGCAAAGAUUUACAUAAAGAAAUUCGAUUAGAAGUAGACGGUAAAUUGGUUGAAUUACCGCAAGUGGAAGGAAUAAUAAUUUUGAACAUUUUAAGUUGGGGUUCUGGUGCUAAUCCUUGGGGACCAGAUACCAAAGAAGAUCAAUUUUAUACACCGAAUCAUUGGGACGGCAUGCUGGAAGUUGUUGGAGUCACAGGCGUUAUGCAUCUUGGACAAAUACAGUCAGGUUUACGUACGGCUAUGAGGAUAGCCCAGGGUGGGCACAUAAAAAUUCACUUAAACUCAGACAUACCUGUACAAGUAGACGGUGAACCGUGGGUUCAAAGUCCCGGAGACAUCGUGGUCUUGAAAUCAGCACUCAAGGCUACCAUGUUGAAGAAAAGUAAGAUCAAGCGUCGCAAUACCGAACCGUCGAUUCUACCUGCUAAUGGGGAGGGGGGCAAGAGCACGGACGAGUAAUUCAACUAUACCACAACUUACAACCGCUCGAUUGUUUAGUCGUAUCUCUCGUAAGAUGCGCGACAUCACAGCCUAGACUCCUCAACGCGCACGAGCAGAAUGCACGCGCGAGAGAGGAGUCUCGGUGUGACAAACGUGCCGUCUAGAACAAUUCCACCUAUCCAAACAAAAAAAAAAGGAAAGAACGCAAAACUCCCCCGACCCCUCCGUUGAUGCAUGUAAAACCAAUCAACUUCCGUGAUACAUUCUCGAUUCCUCGUUCCAAUGCAGCUAGCUCGAGCUUGUAAUGUGUGGAUUAGACGCAUUAUAUCGGAUAGUAGUGUUAGCUUUACAAAAUGUUUCUUCUCUUCCUUCUUUUUCUACGUAUAAGUUGACCAUGAGUUUGUAAUUUCCAUUUUUUCUAUUUCUACUUCUUACACUUAUUAUACUUCUAUUUUGUCAGCGGCAUUGACUGACAUUUUUAUCGAUUGCUCCUUUGUGCGCUCCCUGAUCCUGUCCCUUCCUAGGCUACGAUGCUGAAGAAGACUAAGGGUAAAAUGAAGCGGCGUAACACAGAAUCCAGCAUGCAGUUGGCGCUUCAGGCUGCACCGUCGAGCGAUCCGGACGAAGACAUCUUCUGAGUGAACAAACAUUAUGUGAAAGUGAUCGAACACGUUGCGGUAACGCAAGGCACGUAGCCACGUAGAGAACUUGAUCGACUAGCGUACGUAACAAAACAAAAGGCCUCGAAAUCGUCCGACGGCGUUCGCGCUGUACGAACUUAACAUAAGUACUUACUUACAAGGCGAAACAAAAAACACUCGUGGAAACAAGAAGGGACGGGUAGAUAAGAUUUUCAGAUACACGGACACACAUAUAUACAGCAUAAAAUCCAUUAUCGACUCAAUGAUUCUUAAUGUUUGUUCUUACAUUAAUAGAAAAUGAAAAUAGAUCUCAUUUUUAAAUGUUAAUAAUUCUAGCACCGUACGUAGCUCUUAUCGAUCAAUAUUUUUUUAGUAAAAUUAUAAUAGAUUUUAACAGUAACACACGUUACCACACAUACACGUACACACAUAUUAACCAGUAUCAAAGGAAGUUAACACGCUCAUGCGUGCUUACGACGAUGUUGAUUUCCAUUUACGUUCCAAGCUUGGUAGUCAAGGAAGAAGGAAGGAGGUCGUGAUGUAUUACGUUUCGUAUGGUAUUCUACCGAUCUAUGCAGUAUUACGAUACGAAACGUGUAUCGAACGAUAUAAAAAAUACGCAAACAGGUCAGUUGUUAAUAAUAUAUUACAUAUAUAUAUAUAGAGAAUAUUUAUGAUUAAAAUAUUAAUAUAUUUACAUAAUAUUGUAUUAGUAUUACGAUAUUAAGUUGUGAUAAUUGUUAUGUAUGUCUGACUGCUGGGCAGUCUGGAAUUCGCUGAGAACCAGUGGCAGUCAGUUUUUUUCUAGGAUACGGUUAAGAAGAAGGUAAAAAAAAAACAAAAGAUUAAUGUAACUUUCAUAACGAUAAGACCGCAUUGCGGGCUAAGCGCUUUGCCGAUCCGUCUCCGCGGCGAAAAGAAUGUAUAGCGGAUAAAAAUCGCGAUGUGUAACAUACAUACAUGAUGCAAUGAGAGUCGGAUUGGCAAUGUACUGACCACCUUAUUGGCUCUGACAGGCUCCUGUAACGACGAAAGCUCGGCGGUGCCACCGGCGACACACAUUCCACUGUAACACGAAGGGGGUGGUGGAGGAGGGGGUGGUGGACGCGAAGAGAUAUGUAUAUUUAUUAACUAUGCCAAAUGAGAAGAAGAGAGAGGGCUUGCAAUCACGCUAACGUACUUAAAGAUUCGUUGGCACGCGUCGUACGUAGCUGGAACGUUCGUAACGGGCGACGGCCGGGGACCGGACCACGCGAAUCGGAGGCAAUACUGUUUCUCGAGCUUCCAAGGUUUCGAUCCUUGGUGGACCGACACACGAAUCAUCGAGUGUUAUCAAUGAUCACCGAGCGAUCGCCGACAAGGCGAACGACGAAAUACCUUUUACCUGAUGUCGCUCUCGGACACACGGGCGCACGUUCACGUUGGAUCUUCGCUGGCAUCGUGCGAUUUGGAGGAAAAAGAAAAAGAUAAUGUAAAAGACAAGAUAUAACCAAUUCGGUGCCAAACAAUUGUAUAUAAUAUUAUAAAAGUAGGGACUAUAUAUAAGAGCGGAUUCAGUUAAUCGCGAUGGCAUUUAAUGCGCCGGACGAGAGAAAGUAGUGCGCGAAAGGAGUACUUUCUUAACGUUAAGAGUAUUCUUCGGAAAAAGGGGAUGGGUGGGAACUCUUUUGAAUUACGUACACAUUGCGUUGUUUCGUGUAAACGUUUAACAAAACAGAAAAAAAGAAAAAAAAAGCGUGGAAUACAGCGCGUACCUUUGAUACGUGGGAAGUAACCAUGGGAGGAGGAUAGGACUUCUUAGUACGCUUUUAGUACGCGCUGUGUGAACUUAGUUAAUUAUCUAACUAGACCUCUCUUGUGGAUGUCUUCGAUUAUGAAAAUGAUUAUCAAAAAAGAAAAAGAAACUAAUCAACCACAUUUUGAGCAACCAAAUUUCGAGCGGAGGCCAUCAUGUCCGGAUGAUUGAUCCGGCCUCCGGUAUCACAACCUGCCAACGAUGUAAACUUGGGCUCGAUUAUUCAUGUUAUAUCCGGUGUAGCGAUGUGGAUAAUCACAUCGACGGCAGAUUGGAGAAAAACGUUUGUUAAUUUGACCAAACUAGUAUAUUUGCUGUUGCUAUAAAAAAUAGAGAAACAAUAAGCUAUGAACAAUCUACGUAUAAUAAAUCAAUGUAUGUGCUACAA